CUCCCGGCGAGUGAUUCGCCCCGGAUCCCACCAACCGCCGCGGAUAGCCCCGGGGCGGGGGGUCCUGCCUGCAGGGCCGCCUUUUCUCUCCUCCCCCGCCCCCGGAGGCCCGUUCCCGCCGCUCUGCCCUCCAUCUCGGGCAGGGGGCGGGCCUGCUUCCCGGGACAUCAUGUCGGACUCUGAGGAGGAGAGCCAGGACCGGCAACUGAAAAUCGUCGUGUUGGGGGACGGCACCUCCGGGAAGACUUCUUUAGUUACGUACUUUGCUCAAGAGACAUUUGCGAAAGAGUACAAACAAACUAUAGGACUGGAUUUCUUUUUGAGAAGGAUAACCUUGCCAGGAAACUUGAACGUUACUCUUCAAGUUUGGGAUAUAGGAGGACAGACAAUAGGAGGCAAGAUGUUGGAUAAAUAUAUCUACGGAGCACAGGGAAUCCUUUUGGUGUACGAUAUUACAAAUUACCAAAGCUUUGAGAAUUUAGAAGAUUGGUAUUCGGCGGUGAAGAAAGUGAGUGAGGAGUCAGAAACGCAGCCACUGGUUGCCUUGGUGGGCAAUAAAAUUGAUUUGGAGCACAUGCGAACUGUCAAAGCUGAAAAACAUGCGUGGUUUUGCCAGGAAAAUGGUCUUACCAGCCACUUUGUCUCAGCCAAGACAGGGGAUUCAGUCUUCCUGUGUUUUCAGAAAGUUGCUGCUGAAAUCCUUGGAAUCAAAUUAAACAAAGCAGAAAUAGAACAGUCACAGAGGGUGGUGAAGGCAGACAUUGUAAACUACAACCAGGAGCCCAUGUCAAGAACUGUUAACCCGCCUCGCAGCUCCAUGUGUACAGUGCAGUGAGGGCCCUCGUCCGCCCGGCUGCCCACCGCCCGGCUGCCCUAUGAGGCCCAGAGACUGAGGGACGCAGCUUAUCAGCAGCCAUCUCUGUAGUUCAGCUCACCCUUUCCUCCCAGCUUGUGCCAUCAGUAAGUGUCGCCUCCCACCACAGCCAGCUCCCUGCACUGGGGAGAAUUCACCUUGGGACCACACACUUGGAAAUCCACCUGGAAAGCCUCCUCUCUGGAACGAGACGCCUUCGCUGGCAAUGGCCCAAGUGGUUCUCUCUCUGUCUUCACGUGGUUUUGGCCUUGCUGUAAGUUUUCAGCUGCAUGUGCAGACUACCCAAGCCUCGAUGGUCCAGCCAGGUGCUUUCCCAUAGCACCGCUUCCUUCUCUGCUCUGAACUCACACCUGGCAAAGUGGACUCCAGAGCUCGGACGCUCAAAUAAGUUGUCUGUCUUAUCUACAGAUACUUAUGAAGACAUUCUUUUGCUAUCUAUAGUGAGUGCAAAUACAUAAAAAGUUGUAUUUAAUGGAAAACGCUUGAAAUGAAACUGUAAUAGAAAUAUUUUUUUCAUUUUUUUAACCAAAAGGCCCCAAACUGUUUCUAUAUUUAGUAGAUUAUAGCUAACAUAGUAGUGAGUAUUUGCUAUUGUAUUUUUAUUACUGUAUCAAGAUGUAUUGCUUGAAACUCCCAGGUUGGUCGGCUGUUGCUGCUCUGGGCAGGGUUUCUCCCUAAGGCAGGCGCAGUCAGAGUACCCCAGGGUGGGUGGUUAUGUACUGUUGAUCAUUGUGGAUCAGACUGUUUCUCUCCCACAAAUAAAUUUAUUUCAUUUA